ACGUAAUUUACAUUUAUUUCAUUCCUUUCAUUCAUUGUAUGAACGAAACUGAAGGGAGGACGAUUUGUUUUGCGUUUUAACUUGAGAUUGAGCAGCGGUCAGUUGCUUGACGAAUUCUAAUAAAAGACUGCAAUAUAAAAUCAUGGCAGACUCAAACAUAGAACCUCCUACAAAUGAUGUAGAGAGUAACUAUUCAACACCUGCAAAUGAUCCCAAAAACAUGCAGGAAGUAACACAGUAUGUACAAUCACUGCUCCAAAAUAUGCAAGAUAAAUUCCAAAGCAUGUCAGACCAGAUUAUAAACAGAAUAGAUGAGAUGGGGACUCGAGUGGACGAGCUUGAGAAGAAUAUCACAGACCUCAUGACUCAAGCAGGAGUUGAGAAUGAAAAGUAGGAGUUUCAUGCACAAUGUUAUGGUAACCUUAAGGUACUUGCUAGUUAUUUUGCAAUAUCAAACAUGUUUAGGUAGUAUCUAGUUAUAAUGCAGUUCAAAUUAUUAUAAACAAUUUAGGUAAAAAUAAUUAUCUUUGAUUGGAUGUUGUGAAAUUUGUGUCAUUAUGAUGUUUUGUGGUUUAUAAAAAUAUAUUUAAAAUCAUUAAGUUACUUCACUUGCCAAAAUUUGUAUAUUGUACAUGUUUUGUAUAAAAACUGCAUUAUCACAUAACCACACCCCCCACAUUAGCUUUCAUAAAUAAGUGUACCCAUUACGGCCUGUUUUUACAUUGAUCAGUGUUAAGUGCGAGUACAGUCCAGUGCAAAAAUAUGUAUUGAAAGAAUCGUCUCAUGAAUAUGGUACUAUGCUCUUAUUACAAUGGAAUAAGAUGCUAUGGGACAUAUUUUUGAGUAAGAUGUCUACACCCAUAUUUUUACACUUGACUCAAGUAGCAAAUGUAUGUACUCACACUUAACACUAAUCAAUGUGUAAACUAGCCCUUAGGCUAAGUAAUUAUUCUUAGGCAAUGAAAACACCAAUUGCUAUUGAUAACCUCUAAUAAAAGCAAUGUACCAAUACCAUGUAAUUUUAAGAAACUUGAUUUUGUAAUAUAGGAUUUAGCAUUUAUAUCACAUAAUGUGCUAGUUUUGAUGUACCAUUUUGAAAAUAAGCACACGUUUUUUGAUAUAAGUCAAUUCCAAAUUAUUUAAUUUGUAGCCCUAUUUUAUAAAUUACACUUAGUCGAAAGUACA